AUGCCAAAUCGUAAGAAGCCGAAUACAUUAUUUUUGCCCGCUCGAAUAAAGCGGCUAAUGCAAAAAGAUGAAGAAGUCGGUAAACUUUCUGCAACAGUUCCGGUGAUUGCUGCUCGUGCAUUAGAACAAUUUCUCGAAGAACUUAUUACGAAAACAGCAUCAAUAACAAUGUCACUUCAAGCAAAAACUUUAACACCCGAACAUAUUCGACAACAUAUCUAUGCAGAUCCACGUCUUUUGUUUCUUCAUGAUUUAGCUAAUCGAAUGGCACCUGGCCCAAAUAAUAAUAGUGGUCGAUCACUUUCAACAUCUUCUACGAUGUCAACAGCAUCAAAUCGUACACCAUUUCAACAACAGUUAAGUGUACCUUAUCAAGAUCCAUCACCGCUACCAUCAACAACAUCUACCAAUCAAAGUAAUUCACUCUACAUUAAUCAUCAAUUGAGUCGUUCUUAUUCGACUUCAUAUUAUACCAAAGUGAAAUCAAAUAAGCGAAGUUUUGAUCUUGUUAAUGAUGAACAAGAAGAUGACGAUGACGAUGAUGAUGAUGAGUCAUUCAUGCCGAAUCAUACAGCCACAUGA